AUGGUGAAGUUAGAAGUUUUCCAGGAUUGGCCACGUUCGGAAGGGUUUGUUGUAUCUAGUGAUGCAUCCAAACAAGGUUUGGGAUAUGUACUAAUGCAGUACAGAAAGAUGAUUGCCUAUGUGUCAACGCAAUUGAAAGAACAUGUGCAGAAUUACCAGACACAUGAUCUAGAACUUGUGGUGUCUAGGUCAUUAGCACGGUUAUACAGACAGACUGUAAGAUUGCAUGGUGUUCCCAUCUCCAUUGUGUUUGAUAGAGAUCCAAGAUUUACAUCUAAUUUUUGGAAGAGCUUACAAGGAGCUGUGGGAACAAAAUUGAAUUGUAGUGCAGCUUAUCACCUUCAAUUAGAUGGUCAAUCCAAAAGAUCUAUUCAAAUAUUUGAAGAUAUGUUGCAUGCUUGUGCAUUAGACCUAGGAGGAAGUUGGAAGUCAUAA